GCUGCACGGGAAGGAGGGCGGGGUCUCGUAGCAUCAUCGCUCUCAAUUCAUUGUAAGGCUGCUGAUGCUGAUCAGCAGCGGAGGAAAAACCAAGGGCCAUGGAGACGGGUAUAAAAACCUCAGGCCUUAAUACAUUGUGGAGAUUAAUUACACGCUCUUCUGUCUACUAAGAUCAUGAGGAAGAGGAAGAACUGGAAACCACAGGAGGGCCUCUGUUCGUUUCUAUGAAGUCUCAAUGAAAGCAUUGGAGCAGCUGUAAUAUUUGACUCAAUGGCAAAGAAGGGACGCACCAAGGGCGAGAAGCCCGAAGCGCUCAUCUCUGCUUUACAGGCAGCUAACGAAGAUCUCAGGUCCAAACUGACUGACAUUCAAAUAGAACUUCAUCAAGAGAAAUGCAAGGUGAGUAAAUUGGAGCGUGAGAAGGUGCAGGAGUGCAAGCGCAUCCGGGAGCAGGAGCAGCACCGGCACACGGCCACGCUGACAGAGCAGCGAGCCAAAUGGCACGAGGAGAAGCAGAAGGAGCUCCAGGCGCUCAGAGAGAACCUGGUCCGCCAGCACGAGCAGGAACAGGCCCGCACCGCCAAGAUCAAGGACCAAGAGAAUCAGCGGCUCAAGGCGGCACUGAGCGCCAUGCGGGACGGCAGCGGAGAGAAGGUGCGCACAGCAUUGACCCUGGAGGCCAAAGAAGAGGCGCGGCGCUUCUUCGACGUGGAGAGGGUCAAGCUGCUGCAGGAGAUCUCCGAGCUUAAGCAGACCAAGAAGCAGACAGACGAGGCGCUCAGCACCAUGAUCCAAGCAGAUAAGAUGAAGGCUGGGGACCUGCGCUCCGAGCACCAGAUUCACCAAGAGCAGAUUUCCAAGAUCAAGUGGGACAGCGAGAGGGACAUCCGCAGACUGGUGGAUGAGAUCAAGUCUAAAGAGCGCACCAUCUUCUCUCUGGAGAAGGAGUUGGAGAAUGCCAUUGGCUUGCUGCAGAAGCUGCAGAUGCAGAAGGAUGCCCUGGACGACCAGCUGUUCCUGGUCAAGGAGGCAGAGUGUAACCUGGGCAGCCCCAAGAGAGAGAUCCCUGGACGGGCUGGGGACGGGGCAGAACACUGUGGCAGCCCGGUACGACAUAGAAAGGCAGAGGGGAACUUGGAAAUGGACAUGCGCAGGAACCAGAGGCGCAUGGCUGACCUCAACUCCACCAUCCGCAAGCUGGAGGACCGCAACUCACUGCUGGUGGAUGAGAGGAAUGAACUGCUGAAGCGUGUGCGGGAGUCUGAGAAGCAGUGCAAGCCCAUGCUGGAAAAGAACAAGGUGCUGAAUAAGAGGAAUGAUGACCUCAGCCAGACCCUGCAGCGCAUGGAAGAGAAACUCAAAGGCCUGGCCAAGGAGAACCUGGAGAUGAAGGAGAAGAUCAGCUCCCACCUGCCACUGAAGAAAGCCAACUGUAAGUCUCUGAAUGAUCUGGACCAGGCGCAUGAUGACCAGGAGAUUGAGUUCCUCAAGCUGCAGGUGCUGGAGCAACAAAGCAUGAUCGACGAGCUGACAAGAGAUAGGGAAAAACUAUUGCGGAAGAAGAGGCAUAAACGAAGCAACAGACCAAUAAAGAGACACAUUGUAGUGGACACCUUCUUUGGAUACGAUGAGGAAUCCAUGGACUCAGAGACGUCCUCCGUGGCUUCGUUUCGCAUGGACCGCACUCCAGCCACUCCUGAUGAAGACCUGGAUGAGGGACUGGUCAAUGAGGAGUCGGAGCUGCGCUUCAGGCAGCUGACCAGAGAGUACCAGGCCUUACAGAGGGCAUACGCCCUGCUGCAGGAACAUCAAGGGGGCCUUCUGGACGCUGAGAUAGAAGCUAAGGCUCAGGAGCAGCUACAUGCAGACAUUCUCAGGUACAAGGCCAAGAUAGAAGACCUGGAGAAGGAGCUCGCCCACAAAGGACAGGACUCCAAGUGGGUAGAGGAGAAACAGCUGUUCUUCAGGAGGAAUCAGGAGCUGCUGGAAAAGGUGGAGAAGUUAGAUGCAAAAUGUGGUCGACAGCAACAGGAGCUGCAAGACUCCAAGGACCAGAAUGAGCUCUUGGAAUUCAGAAUACUGGAACUAGAGGAGCGUGAGCGAAAGUCCCCUCCGUUUAAUCAUCUCCGCAUGCAUCCGUUCUCCGAGGGUGUCAGCGCCCUACAGAUCUACUGUAUGAAGGAAGGAGUGAAGGAUGUCUGUGUACCUGACCUGAUCAAGCUCCUAGACAUUCUGGGUGAUAAUGGGAACUUGCGAAAUGAGGAGCAAGUGGCCAUUAUUCAAGCUAGCACUGUCCUCUCUCUUGCUGAAAAGUGGAUACAACAGAUUGAGGGAACAGAGGCAGCGCUGCACCAGAAGAUGAUUGACCUGGAACUCGAGAUGGAGAUGUUCUGUAAGCAGAAAGGCUAUCUGGAGGAGGAGCUGGACUACAGGAAGUCAGCCCUGGAUCAGGCCUACACGCAAAUCCAGGAGCUGGAGGCUACUCUCUACAACGCGCUGCAGCAGGACAAGGUGAUCGGGUACGGCGAGCCUCUGAGUGACAUGCAGAAGGAUGAGCUACGUACGUCUGUGGAGAAGCUACGCAGACAGAUGCUGAGGAAGAGCAGAGAGUUCGACUGUCAGGUUCUGGCUGAGAGGAUGGAGCUGCUCCACCAGGCCCAUCAGAGAAUCCGAGACCUGGAGGAUAAGACAGACAUUCAGAGGAGACAAAUUAAGGAUCUGGAGGAGAAGACAGCGUGGAAACCUGGAGAUUGUGUUUGUGACUGCAGUGGGUUUUAUUUUGGGGAGAAGAGAGUCGACUUUGUGACUCAUAUUGUAACAGUGAGUGGAUAUGGAACUGUUGUGUGUUGGACAUGGCUGGGAAUUCACACCUGUUUGAUUUGGGACCUCACUCUGGGGAUAUACAUAAUGUAUGCUGCACUGCACUGGACUGAUCCUUGGACCAUGGAACUUCUCUCAACUCAGUGGGAUAACUGGAACAGAACCCUCAGUCGGAAAACACACACACAUACACACACACACACACACACACACACACACACACACACACACACACACACACACACACACACACACACACACACACACACACACACACGUGUAAACAGUCAUAUACACUGUACACGCUGAUACAAACAUACUGGAAACACACACACACACACACACACACACACACACACACACACACACACACACACACACACACACACACACACACACACACACACACACACACACACACACACACACACGCGUGUAAACAGUCAUAUACACUGUACACGCUGAUACAAACAUACUGGAAACACACACACACACACACACACAUGCACACACACACAUCAACCCACUUUUAAAGACAAAGGAAACCAAAGUCUAGGAGAUCUUAUCUCUGCCAUGCAGGGGAACGCUACACCAUCCAUCUAAUCCAAGACUACACCCUGGCUACAUACCGGCUACCCCCAGACUACCCCCAGAGUACCCCCCAGACUAACCCCAGACUACCCCCCAGAGUACCCCCGACUACCCUAGCCUACCUCCAGAGUACCCCCGACUACCCCAGACUACCCCCAGAGUACCCCCAGACCACCCUCCUUGACUACCCCCAGAGUACCCUCCGACUACCCCCAGACUACACACAGAAGAGGACAGGAAAGACUGCUGUAGGCUACAUCAACAGGCCUCACCAGACCACAGUCCUUCCAACUCUCUCCCUCUCCUCUCUCUCUUAUAAACCUGAUUGGACGCUCUUAUGUGUGAAUGCACCCCUUCACAGGAGUGACGAGACAUGAUCAGGGCCUGUGAGUGUGGUGACUGACUAUCUGAUGGUGACUGAAUGACUGAUCUGAUGGUGACUGUCUGAUCUGAUGGUGACGGACUGACUGACUGUUCUGAUGGUGACUGUUCUGAUGGUGACGGACUGGCUGUUCUGAUGGUGACUGACUAAUUGUUCUGAUAGGGACUGACUGACUGUUCUGAUGGGGACUGACUGACUGUUCUGAUGGUGACUGUUCUGAUGGGGACUGACUGACUGUUCUGAUGGUGACUGUUCUGAUGGGGACGGACUGACUGUUCUGAUGGUGACUGACUGAUCUGAUGGUUAUUGACUGACUGUUCUGUGACCAGGAGGCACAGGACAUGGAACUGCUCAGGUGAUGGCAGAGAUAGAGAAGUACGGGAGAGAGGAUCCACUAUGUGCUCACACACGGACCCACCAGAUAUCCUUUUCAACAGAAGACCAAGGAUUCUGUUUGUAGACUUUAACUGUCAUUUUUUAAACCAGCAGACAGAAUGGAAUUAGGUCUCUGGUUCUACUUCCUUUCCUUUUUUAAUAAACCAAAAGUCCCAGUCGAUCCCCAUGUACCAAGAUUUCCACAGAGAAAAAAGAAGACCCUCUAUAUGGCUGUGUAAUAUAUAGAUUUGUUGAUAUGUACAUGUGUCUUGAUGAUUUCUGUAGUCUCUUUUCUUCUUUCUGUGAAUAUGACCUCUUUCUCCUCUGCAGCUUGAACAGUAGAACUACUCAGCCGUUUCUAAAUACUCCAACGUAUGAAACACUCUGUUUAUUGUGGUGACAGCUGCAAAUGAACUUCACUUCCUCAAUUGUACUGAACUUAAAAUAAUUUGAAUAUCGAUAUUCUCCUCCACUCUUUUUCCUUUCACAUUCCCUCUCUUUUGUACUCUUUCAAGAUGGUCAAUUGUAGCCUACCAGCAGGAGUUUCAUGGUUUAUACUGAAUGACGAUUACCACUCCCUUUAAAUGAACAGUAAACACUACGUCCCAGCUACCUACCUGCAUCCUAAACAGCUUUGGCUGAUUCUGGUCAUUGUCUUCUCAGCAAAUCGAUCAGGAAUACUGUAAAACGAAAAGGAAUACUGUACCUCUUUCAGCAAUGACAUGCCUUUUUGCUCUACUGUAUUUGACUAACACCUCUUUCAGCACCAUGGGCACCACAGGGGUUGGUUCUAACCUUACUAACCCACCAUCCCCAUCACCCAACUGAAAAAGGAGAAAGUUGACGAAAUGUCUACCUGCUGGUUCUGCUUCUCUCCUUUCACCCUGACUAUGUCCUGGUCUUGCAAUAUUAACUACAUGUCCCUGUCUAACCCCUCACCCACCCACGCUAGCUCCCCCACCCGGCCCUGUUUAGCGGCCUAGGAACCCAAAGCAUCCCAUUACAUAUCUGUACAUGUCCCACUUCUCUUACAUUACACUGUGGGAGAAUGAUUGACACUAUUUUGGAACAAACUCAGCCAACUAGCGAUUGCCUUAAAUGCGCUUUCCCCAUCAAUUUGUAAGUUAUUUUUAAUGAUUAUGUUUUUGAUCAGUUAGUAUGAUUAUGUAAUGUUGUACAUUUAUUUUCACCGAGGACAUUGAUUUGUAUAUCUUUACCCUGAUGUCUUCCAACGAGAAUUUAACCCCCUCCUCUUCUUUCAAGUAUAUUAAACAAACAAAAAGGGAUAAUGAUGAAAAUAAAAGUUCAUGGCUUGCGGUUUUAAGUGUCA